AUGGCUCCAUGGUCUGAAGUUGAACCAAUGGAUUGUACCGCUGGAAGAAAGACACAAAAGGCUGACCGAGAAAAGCUAAGAAGGGAUCGACUCAAUGAACAAUUUGUAGUACUGGGCAACAUUUUAGAUCCUGAUAGGCCCAAAAAUGACAAAGCAACCAUUAUAGGUGAUACCAUUCAAUUGCUAAAGGACCUUAGUUCUCAAGUUAGUAAACUUAAAGAUGAAUAUGCUACACUAAAUGAAGAAUCGUGUGAGUUGGCUCAUGAGAAAAAUGGUCUCAGAGAAGAGAAGGCUUCUCUUAAAUCGGAUAUUGAGAAGUUGAAUAAUCAGUAUCAGCUACAGCUCAGGACUGUGUCUCCAUGGGCUGCAAUGGAUCAGUCAGUAAUGGUAGCUCCACCAUCAUAUCCAUAUCCAGUCCCAAUGGCAAUACCUCCUGCUCCAAUUGGCAUGCAGCCAUACCCCUUCUAUGCUAAUCAACAUUCUGCCAUCAUCCCUAACCCUUGUUCAACAUAUGUUCCUUAUUUAGUCCCCAAUACCCUUGUUGAACAGCAAUCCAUGCAGCACAUAGCUCCACCUCUUCAUCCAGGUUUUCAAUCCCACAAUUCAGGAAAACAAGAGUCCAGAAUUAAAUCCAAGGAGAGCAAGACUGAAAAACAUAAGGAUUCAAUUGGCGUCACUGCAGACCAGACUUCUGGAUCUUCUGCAGACCAGGUUAGACUUGUCAUCUGGACAAAGAAAACCUAG